AAAAUUCCACACCUAUCCCUAACCCCUUUUGGGUCACUCUCUUUAGGGUUUAGCAGAAGAACCAUUACCGUUUCUUCUUGGAAAAAAAUGGCUUCGAGAAAGCUGGUCCGUACCGGAGCUUCUCUUCUGAAUCGGUUAUCAUCUAACCCCUUUGUUCACCAGAACCCAAAUACGAAUCUCCGAAUCGUAUCUGAAGGCCUCGAUAUCAGUCCAAAGCUAUUCCCGUCACUCUCCAAGUUCCAGACCUCCCUCCAUUUGCCACAGCAAAACCACGCUGAGUUUCUGCAAAAAGUUACCUCUGAAGGAUACCUUUACCCCUGUGGCCUCCCUUCUUUUCGGUUCUUCUUGCAGGAUGGAGAUGUUUCUUCUUCUAAUGAGCCAAUGCUUUUAUUUCCCAAAAGGACUUUCCAACCUAGCCUCAUCCGGCGUAAGAGGAAUCAUGGGUUCUUUGCUCGCAAGGCUACCAAGGGUGGGAGGCGAGUCAUUGCUCGAAGAAUAGCAAAGGGCCGGACAAGAAUUACUGCUUAGCGUUUUUGCCUCUUCUGAUCAGUAAAAUAAAAGCUUAAAGCUUGGCCUAUAUUUUGGUAAGACUGCAAGGCUGCAAAUUGAAAAGAAUCUUUGCCUUGUGGUGGAUCAGCGCACCUGAAAGAAGGGUCUAGAUUAAGGCCAUUGAGUACGAUUUGAACUCUCAUGUGUAAAAUUUCAUUUUCUGUUAACUAUAUAUAUAUAUGCUUCCUUGCCUCUUUUUUUUUUUUUUUUUUUUUUGUCACUCAAGAUUUAGUCAUGCGAAAGUUUGUAGUUUGUUUGCAUGUAAAUUUCAGUUUUGUUAUAAUUUGUGAUUUUGGUUUGAUGUCUUACUGUGACAAGAGCAUGAUCAAGGAAUGCAUAUAUGUUAUAUAUUGCAUGCA